AUGGAGCCUUGGUAUGAGGCUCUACGGGACAAGUUCAGUAUGCCUACUACCGAGGGUAGACGCAUAUAUAAUAGUUUGGGAUACUUAUUGGACGGCGUUUAUGACCGACGUGACCCCGACGAGUUUCUACAGGAUGGAAUUGUCUAUGGCCAAGAAGCCUAUGUCCCUGACACCCCAACCGAGCAGACGACUAUGGCAGAAUUCAGUCGCCAAGUCAAUCAGCGUAAGAACCAAUGGUUCGCAAGCUACCAGCGAGUGAGUAACUCUAGCCGUCGCGGCCUCAGGAAUCGGGAUACUAGUCGCACCAGACGGCCACUCAGAGACACUGAAGCCAACAAUUCAAACCGCAGACAGGAUCGCCGUGAUUACCGCCAACCAGAUGAGAAGCUUGAACGUCGAGGGUAUGCAAACCCUCGUGACCGUGAUGAUCGGCGUCGAGACGACCGCCGUAACCGAGACGUCCGUGCCAAUCGGGAAGAUCGCCGCGACCGGCGCGACCGACCUGAUCAACCUAGCUGGAAUCGGCGCAUUGAACCUACUCGACGUGAUCGACGCGAUGACCAGGACAUUGCCCGACCUUACCGAGACGACCGAGAAGAGACUCGUAAGGCCAGAGCCUACCGAACAGAAGCCACCGACGAGUCAUACUCAUCAGUGAUGAUCCCUACUCCGACUCUGAUUACCAACAGGCGCAUUUUCACCACCGGAACGUGA